CUUGGGGACAGGGAGGGGCCCGCGUGCGCAGGUGGUGAGGUGCGAUCUGGCGGGGACCAGCUCCGGCCGGUUGGAGGCGGGGUCUGAAGGCAGGGGGCGGGAUCAAGGCCGGCAGGGGACGGCGUCCGGCAGCUGGAAACCCGCGGGCCAGAGCCACCCUCCCCGUCGCCAUGGCAGCGGGAACGCGGCGGCCACGGACACAGCUAACGCAGGCGGAACCCAGAAGCGGCCGGGAGAGAGGUGUGGAGCCAGGCAGACCCAUAAUAAGAGGUGGCCCUGAUUUGGCUCUUCUAGGGACUCUGAAGAUGGGGACUCAAGGGAUUGUGAGAUUCUGUAACACCUUGCUGCCAGCAGAGCCCUCUCAACAGCUGCAGGCCUAUGUGGCCUGGGUGAAUGCACAGCUGAAGAAGAGGCCAUCGGUGAAGCCUGUACAGGACCUGCGACAGGAUCUCCGGGAUGGGGUGAUCCUGGCAUAUCUCAUCGAGAUUGUUGCAGGAGAAAAGCUGAGUGGGGUACAGCUGAGUCCUAGUAACCAACAAGAGAUGAGGAAUAAUGUGGAGAAAGUGCUACAGUUUGUGGCCUCCAAAAAGAUUCGUAUGCACCAGACUUCAGCUAAAGAUAUUGUGGAGGGAAACCUAAAGUCUGUCAUGAGGCUGGUGCUGGCCUUGGCAGCUCAUUUCAAACCCGCUUCUAGCGGGACGGCGAGCCAAGCACAGGCCUCCAGACCCCUGCUGCAGAGUCACCAGCCGCACUGCGCCACUGCGGUGGCCCAGGGAGCAGCUGCUGCUCUGGCUGACGUGUGUCAUGACGUGUCACGCUCCGGGCGGGAUAUUUUCCGAUACAGACAGAGGAACAGCAGCAUGGACGAGGAGAUUGAGAAUCCGUACUGGAGUGUGCGGGCGCUGGUGCAGCAGUAUGAAGAGCAGCAGCGGUCCCCGUGCGAGUCCAGCUGCUCCAGCCUGACUUCACCCAGUCCAAUCCACAGUGCAAAGAGUGAAUCCAUUAUAACCCAGGUGGAGGAGAAGGCAGAUUUUGUGAUUAUUCCCUCAGAAGGAAUAGAGAACAGAACAGAGGACACAGGCUCUCCAUUAUCCCGAGACUGGCGGCCGGGGAGCCCUGGAACCUACCUGGAGACCUCAUGGGAAGAACAGCUGUUGGAACAACAAGAACAUUUAGAAAAAGAAAUGGAGGAAGCAAAGAAAAUGAUAUCGGGACUACAGGCCUUACUGCUCAAUGGAUCCUUACCUGAAGAUGAACAGGACAGGCCUCUGGCCCUCUGCGAACCCGGAGUCAAUCCCGAGGAGCAGCUGAUCAUAAUCCAGAGUCGUCUGGAUCAGAGUAUGGAGGAAAAUCAAGACCUCAAGAAAGAACUGCUGAAAUGUAAACAAGAAGCCAGAAAUUUACAGGGGAUAAAGGAUGCCUUGCAGCAGAGACUGACUCAGCAGGACAUGUCUGUUCUUCAGCUCAAACAAGAACUACUGAGAGCGACUAUGGACAAAGAUGAGCUCCACAACCAGAAUGUGGAUCUGCAGAGGAAGCUGGAUGACAGGAACCGGCUCCUGGGAGAGUAUAAAAAAGAGCUGGGGCAGAAGGAUCGCCUUCUUCAGCAGCACCAGGCCAAGUUGGAAGAAGCACUCUGGAAGCUCUCAGAUGCCAGUCACCAGCAGGUGGAUCUAGAAUGGGAGCUAGAACACAGAGACGUGCUUUUGGCUCACUGUAUGAAAAGAGAGGCAGAGGAGGGAACCAACUAUAGCAGUUACAACUCUCAAAGCAACGGCUUUCUCAUUCCAACGGCAGGGAAAGGAGCUGCUUCCGUCACUCACAGAGGGACCAGCGACCUGCAGCUUGUCCGGGAUGCUCUGCGCAGCCUUCGCAACAGCUUCAGCGGCCACGACCCUCAGCACCACACCAUCGACAGCUUGGAGCAGGGCAUCGCCAGCCUCAUGGAGCGCCUGCGCGUCAUGGAGACACAGAGGAAGCAGGAAAGAAAGGUUCGAGGCAAAUCACCCAGAAGUCAGUCAGGCAGUGAAUACCGGGAGUCCUGGCCGCCUCAUUCCAAAUUGCCUCACUCACAGAGCUCUCCGACUGUCAGCAGCGCCUGCACUAAAGUGCUCUAUUUCACUGACCGGUCACUUACGCCCUUCAUGGUCAAUAUACCAAAGAGGUUGGGGGAGGUGACAUUGAAGGAUUUUAAAGCAGCUAUUGAUCGGGAAGGAAAUCAUCGGUAUCACUUCAAAGCGCUGGAUCCUGAGUUUGGCACUGUCAAAGAGGAGGUUUUCCAUGAUGAGGACGCCAUCCCUGGAUGGGAAGGAAAAAUUGUAGCCUGGGUGGAAGAAGACCAUGGAGAGAACUGACCCUGAGGACUGCAGUCUGGUUACUUGCUGGCUGCCUCACUCAGGACAGGGGACUAAACCCGGAGUACACUUCAGAAGUUUCUCGUUUGUGCUGCCAAUAGCAAAGCUUCUCCAAGUGUGAAGGUCACAGGCCAGUCCUGUUUCUGUGCCCGGCGUAUCUGGUACUUCAAACCCCUAUCCUAAUGCGGACCACGGUUCAUCUGGAAUUCCUUGUCCGUGGGAACGGCGUUUCGUCCCACUCUGAGGACAGCAAACCGAAGGCCUUAACCAAUGGGGAUGGAUGAUCCCGCUCCUGUCGGGGCACGGCUGCUAUUACCUGGAACCUGGGAUUGGAUGCAUUACUCCUGUGUGUUACAGUAUUAAUUUAAUUGGCCUCAAGGGUUGCACUGGUCAGAGUCCCAGCAUUUGUACUCACAGACAAGGCAAAGGUACCAGCUUUUCUGCUUCUUCGCAGAUACUGCAAACUACAAACAACUCAUGAGGUGGUACCAAAGAUGAAAGCUACUCUUCAAUAACCUUUUGAACUGGACAUGGAUGGUGCUGAAUAGUUCAUUGGAUGGAAAAAGGGCUGCCCAUAUUGUGCUGUACUGUGCUAAAACCGUAAGACUUGGGCCACUUCUGGUCUUAACUGAUUCUGCAGCUUGUCCUUUAGCCCACAUAAGGCAUAUUUCAUGUUCUACUAGUUUUCUCUGGGACUCUUUAAUAUUAGAGCCAUUUAUUUUUCUUCGAACUGAUGACCUUUGUGUUUGAGAGGAAUUAGGAGUGAAAUGCUCCUUAAAAAUCAAGGCGGGUAUGGAAAGGUGCUGCUACCCAUAUCUUCUUGACUUUGUCUCAUGACUUUCUUUAACUCAUGGUAUCUCCUUUGCGGUUAAAAGGAGGCAGACCAUUGAUUUCAGUGUUUCUUUGUGAUUUACGAGUACUGAGCAUGAGUUACUAGUCUGUCCUCAUUUUAAGAUUAGAGUUUCUUUCUAUUACAUGUUUAGACGAGGCUGAUGUUUUAGGGCGCAAGAGAAACCAUGGGGCAUGGAGCAUGUGUUGUGAAUGGCAGGGUUGAUUCAGGGUAAAGAAAUCUAGAGUUAUUUCUCAUGUACGACACCGUCCGUGUAGAAGCUAAAAGUGUUCAACUUCCAGGGAUUCCUUAAUAACCUGGGUUUUCUCCUUCAUCCACCCAGCACUACCAGCUGAUCAGCCAUUUUAUGUAUGCACGUUCCCAAAAGCAGUCUGUGACCAUCAACGUACACUGCCAAACAGAAGAGGGGACAGAUCAGUCUCGGGUUCUUGACCCGUCUGUCUUCAGUUCAUCUCCCCUCUUCGGACACUGGAACAGACUACUCUUUGGAACUGAGAUAACAUCUUAUUGUUUUAUACGGACAUGUCUUUUAAGAACAGUUCAUGUUUGGAGCAUUCCUUUGUACUCAUUUUCUUUUCAUCUGAGAACCAUGUCUAUUUUUAUAACUCAAGCGUGAGUCCUAUAUACUCUCACAUUCUCUAUACUGUGUCCAUUUUCUAGGGAACCCAUGAGCUUUUAUACAGUCUCUUACCACCUCUUGUGGUUUCAGAACAAGCUUUAUUUUAUUACAAGUAUACUAAUGACAACUAAUUUCUGUCCAGUUCUACCUGCUAUUUUAGUUGAGGGGGUAGUUUUAUGUAAUCCAGUUGAUAGCUCUUCAAGUGGACAGGAGUUCAAGAGACACCUAAUUUUUUCAUGUACGUUUUACUGGUCUUCUACUGAAGAAUGAUUUUUCAUCAGAAAUAGCUGGGAAAAUUUGGGAAAGUCAGCCAUAAGCAAGAAUAAUACAUUAGAAAAGCAAACAGAAGAAAAAAAUGAAUUUUUUUCCCCCAAGAAGUCCAGAGAGAAAUUCUUUAAGUCGCCAAUUUCUGUGUUGCAUGAAUUUUAGUGUUUUGCUAUACAAGAGCAUGAGGGUUAUCAGGCUAAAAUUGGUUAUUGUAGUCCCGUAAAAUUUUUCUUGAAUGUCUGUCUCUUAACUCGGUUACUUGUCAGUUUUCUUCCAGUGAACAAUCUUACCAUGAUGUAAAAUUUAUCUUUGCAGAGACUAUUAAACCAGAAAAAUUUCA